AUGCGGGAGGCCAAUGCGUUCUACCAAAAAUUCCAAGGAAGAUUACCAGGGCUUAUGGAUUUUAAGCAACUCCUGAAGGACCUUGUUGGACAUCUCGACAAGACCUUCGUUGUGAUCGAUGCGUUAGACGAAUGCGCCGAAUUCGACGAAGAUGGAGGCUCAAAUCGCGAGACCCUUAUCAACGUCUUGCUCUCUCUGCCCGUGCGACUUUUGGUCACAUCGCGUCAUUAUUCCACUAUUGAGAUUCUCUUCAAAGACGCAAAAACACUGGAAAUUUCGCCGGACCCGGAUGACAUCAAAUCUUAUGUCCACUGGCGGAUUUUUGAUAGGCAUUACGGGAGCCCUAUGCUGGCCAGUCUAAUACAGGACAGCCCAUCUCUUCAAGAUACCAUCACUGAGACCGUGUUCGACAAGUGUUCUAAAAUUUUCAACCUGGCCCGUUUACAGAUGGAUCACAUCCAGCGAUGUCACAGUGUAGGAGCGGUUCAUGAUGCAUUAGCAACGCUGCGGACAACCCAACGGGAGUUUUAUGACAUGUCAUGGGAUCGCAUCGAGAAAAGCCGUGGAUAUGGCGAGCAAUACCACCUUGGUUUCAGGGUCCUCGCCUGGAUUCUCCGCGCCAAACGGCCCUUGAAAGUCGACGAGAUCCAAGAUGCUUUAGCGGUCAGACCAGACCGUUACUCCGCCUCGGAGCAUCCAUUGUACAAGACCGCAGAGCAUGUGUUGGUAGAUGCAUGUGCUGGUCUCGUGAUCAUCGAGCCAGGGAGCAGGAAUAUGACCUUUGCACAUCCAACAAUCAGGGAAUACCUUGACGAUGUAUGCUCGAGUGGAAAGUUCCCCUUCGACGUCGAAGUAGAGCUUGCCCGGACAUGCCUCACCUAUCUCUCCUACGACGUUUUCUGCGAAGAAGGAGCCUGUAGCGAUGAUGAAACGUUGACCGCACGGUUUAAGAAAUAUGAAUUUCUUCCCUAUGCGUCGCGACAUUGGGCAGAGCAUCUGCGUGGCGCGCCGGAGAUGUCACUCCGUCCCUUGGUCAUGGCCUUUCUCAAGGAUGAGCGCCUGCUUUCAUCUGCCGUCCAAGCCAAGGAAACAAAACAAAGUCGCUUCACCUAUGUUGGAUAUAGCCAGAAUUUCAGCAAAGGGAUAAAAACUUUAGGCGCUGCCGCCUUAUUUGGCUUAAAGAACGUAACCGAAGUACUGAUCAAUGGGGGGUUCAGUGUCGAGGAAAAGGACGACAAAGAGAGAACUCCACUGAUUCUGGCCGCGAAGGAGGGACAUGACGGGAUUGUCAAGUUGCUGCUUGACCACAGCGAAGCUGAUGCCAAGGCUACGGAUGAAGAUGGGUGGACGGCGCUGCAUUCGGCCGUGACGGGAGGACACGACAAGGUAGUAGAUGUGCUACUCGAAUCUAUCUCCAAGAUCGACAUCAACGCACGAGAUAGCAGUGGGUUUACAGCAUUGCAUCAGGCGGCUAUGCAGGGAAACAAGGAAAUGGUGGAGAAAUUACUUAACAAACAGGCGGAUCCUAAGAUAAAGGACAACCACGGAUGGACCCCGUUAGAUUCGGCAGUGCCAGCAGGAUACGAGUCGAUCGUCCAGCUCCUUCUAGCGCAUGGGGCCGACGUCAAUUCUAGGGACGAAGAAGGAUGGACCGCGCUGCAUUGGGCCGCACCGCAGAACCACAUAGGAACAGUACAGUUACUUCUCCAAAAUAAUGCCGAUGUUAACGUGCAAAGCCACGAGGGACGGACGGCACUCCACUGCUGUGCUCAAGAUGGAUCCGAAACAAUCAUGGAGAUGUUACUUCGCAAGGGGGCUGACCCUAAUAUACCAGAUGAAAAUGGAUGUACGGCGCUCCAUGGAGCCGCUGCGAAAGGACGUGAAAGAAUGGUGCGGUUGUUGUUGCAAUACGGUGCCAACCCCAAGGCUGAGGAUAAAGACGAAUGGACACCAUUGCACGCAGCUGCUGUGAGAGAGCAGGAGGCAGUCGUCCAAGUGCUGCUUGACCUAGUGGACAAUGGAAGGCAGGUCGUCGAUUCCAUAUAUCUGGAUCUGAGCGAUAUCCGCCAGCGAGUGGCACUAGAGGAACUUGCUGAAGAGAAAGAGAUUUAUUCUGGUCCGCUUAGUGGUGUGCGCGAGGCUGCCGCUGAGAAGCGUGUUGAUAGGAUGCAGACGUUGCUGGGCAGGGGAGUUGAUAUUAAUGAAAUGAGCGAUAGAGGAUGGACGGCUUUAUCUGUGGCGGCCAGUGACGGGAACGAAAAGAUGGUGCGACUGUUACUCGACAACGGAGCCCACGUCAACGCAGUUGGAAUACGAAAACUGACACCGCUACAUUGGGCAGCGCAGAAUGGCAAUAAAGAGGUAGUGCAGAUGUUGCUUGAGAGAGGUGCAGAUAUCGAUGCAAAAGAUGAAGGAGGACGGACAGCACUUUACAUGGCAGCUGUGCAAGGAUAUAACGCAGCCAUGCGACUGUUGCUGAAGCAUGGGGCCGAUGUCAACGCGAAAACAAAGAAAAGCCGGACACCUCUCAUCAACGCCACCUACAAAGGCGAGGCGACCACGGUCCGGCUGUUGCUAGAAGCGGAAGCCGACACUGAGAUCAGGGAUAGUGAAGGGUUGACGGCGCUGCUGUUGGCAGCGGAAGGAGGACAUGAUGCCGUAGUCAGUCUCCUACUUGAUCACAAGGCAGAUAUAGAAGCCAAGGGCCCCGACGGAUCAACAGCAUUGCUGCGGGCCACUCGAGAAGGAUAUUACACCAUCGUAAAGCGGCUGCUCAAGCAUGGGGCGAACAUCGAAGCCCAGGAUAACAACGGAUUGACUGCGCUUAUGAUAGCCAUGCAACAAAAGGAUGAACGCAUUGAGCGGUUGCUCAUUGAAAAGGGUGCGGAUCCACCUCCGGACUAUUAUGGGUUCAUGAAAUUGACUUUGGGUUGGGGCUUGAUGAUUCCUGCUUCCUCUGAGGGUUGUGUUCUUCACAAAGAGGGCUUGAUUAAUCAAUCAAUGACACAAGCUUUGCAAUAUAUGUCAGUGUCAAUGCUUAAUGCAAUACAUCACGUGACAAGCCGACGCCGGACCAAGUUUUUCCCUAGACUUUCCGAGCGUCAACUCCCAGCCUGGCCCUUGGGAUCCGUCCUGACCAGACGAUCCAUCUGUCCCACCACUACGCCCGGUCGGCCAUUGGACUUCGUCGCCUGCACCAGCGACGCGCAUCGUUGUCUGUCGUUCUUGCCCUCGCAUCCUUUUCCUCCGGUGGCCAGUUGGAAAAUGCCCGUCACGGCGUCCCGUGCCGUGCUGCGGCGGCAGUCGCAGUUUCUGUUCCGCAGGACCGCCGUCCGACACAACUCUUCCCAGGCGGCCUCCAAGGCCAAGGAGACUGCCUCGUCUGCCGCCUCCAAGGCGUCCGAAGGCCUGUCCAAGGUCUCGGCGACCGCCGGCCCGGCAAUUGCGAACGCUGCGCAGAAUGUCGGCAGCGCCCUCAGGAAGAUCGGCGGGAGAACCGGCCGAGUCAUCGCCUUCAUUGACUCAUUAAUACCUCCCACCAUCUACUACUCGAAGGUCGGCCUUGAGCUUGCCAAGCUCGUUGUCCGCGGUCAGAACAUGGCGCCUCCAAGCCUCUCCGCCUUCCAGGCGUACUUCCAGCCUCUGAUCAACGGCAUCCGCAACCCUUCGACUCUGAAGAACCUCUACAUUUCCCCGCAGGACAUCCUGAUCCGGAUACGCAACAUGGACAAGAAGGAGCUGGCUUUCGUUGGCGUGACUGCUGCCGAGGUCCUGGGAUUCUUCACAGUCGGUGAGAUGAUCGGUCGACGCAAGAUUGUUGGAUACCGGGGCAAGCCCGCCCACGCAGAUGCGCACUAG